GUAAGAGGCACUGCCGCUCGAUACUUCCGAGCUCCGAUUUCGAACGUGCACUCUUACGUGAAAUAACGGAUCUACGCGUGUCUUUGUGUAAGUUGCGUAUAGAAAAUAAAUAAAAAACAUCCUGAUAAUAGGUGCUGAUUGCAUCGGUAUAGAAAAAAAAUAAUCCCGACAAAGAUUGAAUAAGUGCCGAUAAUCUUAUCGCGUUGACGAUGCCGGUGAUGUAGUGCUACUGUAACUUGGUGAGAAACUGUUAUUCUCAAUCGACUCGUGUUCGGGGGUACAGCAGCAAGUAAAAAAAAAAAAAAAAAAAAAGACACCAUCAUGCGGUACCUCAUUGUCCUCGACUCGUGGAUCCACUGGAUCGCAACGUUUGCGGUUUUCGUGCUGAUGACGCAAGUUGGCAUCUGCAUCGGGUGGGUAGCGCCAAACAUCGCCAAACUGAUGGACGAGGACUCGGACAUACCACUGGACACCGACCAAGUAUCCUGGAUGGUGUCCAUAGCACCCCUAGUGGGCAUCCUGGGAGCUGUCGCGAGCGCCCUGGGAGUCGAAUUUUUGGGCAGUCGCCGAGUCAUCCUGGCCGCUUUCACCGUCAUGUCCGCCAGCUGGGUGUGCAUGAUGGCGGCCAACUCGGUGGCUUGGCUGUACGUGGCGCGCGGCCUCACCGGUCUCGUCCUGUCGGCUAGCUACAGCUGCUUCUCCAUCUACCUAGGCGAAAUAGCGGAUCCCAAGAUCCGGGGCACCCUUGUGUCCGUGGCCGCGGGCGGCAACCCCUUUGGCAUUGUCGUGGGCACCGUGGCCGAGACUUACUUGCCGAGACGCGCCUCGAGCUCCAUGUACCUCGUCCUGUGUCUCAUGGCCCUGCUGCUGAUGCUUUGGCUCCAGGACACCCCGUACUACCUGACGAGGAAGGGCCUGGCCGAGAGGGCGCGUGCCUCGGUCGUCUUCUACCGUCCCGGGUGCGACGUGGACAAGGAGGUGCUGGAGAUCGGGGCUUUCGUCGAGUGCCACGCGGUCGGGGGGAGCUUCCGCACCAAACUGCGGGAUUUGAACGCACCGGCCGUCAGAUGGUCCUUUUUCGUGAUCGUGACGUUGUUCGCGCUGCCACACGUGAGCGGGACCAUGAACCUCUCGUCGUACAUGGAGGUCAUCCUGAGGAAGGCGCGGUCACGGCUGGUCGAGCCCGAGCGGUUCGUCAUCUACGCCAACGUGACGAGCGUGCUGUCGACCCUGCUGACCUUCAAGCUGAUAGACGUCCUUGGUAGGAGGGUGUUGCUCGUGGUGUCGGGGAUCGGGACGUUUGUGGCCAUGGGGGGUCUGGGCCUGCACUUUUACCUGCUGGGCGCCGGCUUCGAUCCCGAGGGUCUCCAGUGGCUGCCGGUUGUCAGUAUACUCGGGUACUUGGUGACCUACGCGGUUGGGUUCUCGCCGGUGCCGAGCACCGUGCUCAGCGAGCUCUUUGCCGACAACGCCAAGAGCGUGGCCGCCCUCGUCGCCACCCUGUCCGCCCCGUUUUUCUCGUUCGUGGUUACCAAGGCCUACCAGCCUAUGGUCGACCGGGUCGGGGAGGCCUACGUCUUCUGGAUACACGCGCUCUUCGGCUUCGCGGCCGUGCCCUACGCGCUUUUCGUCCUGCCGGAGACCAGGGGAAAGACUUUUCAGGAGAUACAGGACGCUCUGACUGGAAAGUAGAGGGUGGAAGCGGAACGCGAUUCGAGCGAUUGUUCGAGUGACUUGUAAUUUAUUUAUAUAUUUUUUUUUUUUUCAUGCAAUCGACACUGGGAUAGUACGUCGAACCCGUUGGAGACUUGUAAAUAUUAAAUUUAUCAUGUUGAGAGUACUGGCAUUAAAUGAUUUUAC